AUGUUGUCAUUUGAGCCAGGAGAGGAUCAGUCUCAAAAGGUCUUGGGCCUUCGUUGGCAUUCCCACUCGGAUAGUUUCGGAUUCCAAGUUAAUCCGUUAAGUGGAAAUUGUACUAAACGCUCUAUCCUUUCAGAACUGGCUCGUAUCUUCGAUCCAUUUGGUUUUUUGGCGCCUCUUACGUUUACAGCGAAGCGAUUGAUACAGCUUUUGUGGACACUGAAAUUAGACUGGGACGACGACCCUCCUGCAGACGUUUGCCACCGUUGGGAAUGCUACCAAUCCGAGUUCGGCGCAUUGGCUCCGCUUCGCCUGUGUCGCUCACUGGCCGCUGCUAACGUCAUUCGGCGCGAGUUACAUGGUUUCUGCGACGCUAGUGAGCAGGGUUAUGGCGCCGUGGUUUACCUCCGUAUCGUCACUCGGAAUGAGGUGAUCAUUUGGUUGCUCAGUGCCAAGUCCAAGGUGGCCCCACUCCGGUCCAUCACCCUGCCCCGGUUGGAACUCUGCGCGGCCUUGUUACUCUCCAGUUUAAUAGUAUACAUCAAACAGGCGCUUCGAGGACGCCUCAGUUUGGAUGCGGAGCAUGCCUGGUCUGACACGAUGGUUGCACUUUCUUGGAUUCGCUCAUCUCCUCAUCGAUGGAAAAUUUUUGUACGCAAUCGCGUUGCUAGCAUACAGAAAAACGUGGUGAUUUCUUCUUGGGACCACGUCGAUACCGAAUCCAACCCCGCGGAUUGCUGUUCCCGGGGACUAUCUUCCCGCGAACUGAUGGAUCACUCAAUGUGGUGGCAUGGCCCUGACUGGCUUCUGAAAUUUGAGCCCCGAGCGGAACCAGCUUAUAGUUUGGAUAAUCUGCCAGAGGAAGAGAAGAAAGUCGUCACUCUUAUCUCGCUCGACUCUCCCAAUAUGGCUGACGCUCUUGUAGAUCGCUUCUCUUCCUUAGAUAAAAUUUGUCGCGUCGUUGCGUAUUGUUUGCGAUUUAUAGACCAAGCCAGAAUCAGGUCGGUACCCGACACCCUGGCAAUAGAUCAAAUCGAGUUGCAUUCGGCACUACUAGUUUUAGUAAUUCGUACAAUAUCAGUGUUUUGGCGAGGAAAUUGA